AUGAGCAAAGAAACACGGAAACCACAGCAUCAUCCUAAAACUGGAUAUUUUAUUUUUUUGUUGGCUUUCACCUCCGUUAUCGGAGGAUUUCUCUUUGGUUACGAUACAGGGAUUAUAUCCAGUGCGAUGUUGUAUAUAGCCGAAUAUGAGGGAAUGAAACCAAUUGGCUCUCUUUGGAAAGAAAUCAUUGUUAGUUUAACACCAGGAUUAGCAGCGUUUGGAUCACUAAUAGCUGGCCCAGCUUCUGAUCAUUUUGGUCGGAAGAAGGUUAUAAUUGUAUCAAGCAUUAUAUUUGCUAUAGGAUCUGCUAUGUGUGCAAUAGCCAUUGAGAAAGUCACCCUUUUAAUUGGAAGAAUGAUUCUUGGAGCUGCGAUUGGCAUUUCAUCGAUGAUUGUACCGAUAUAUGUCAGUGAGACAUCUCCAUCGCAUAUAAGAGGAACUCUUGUUACAGGGUUUCAACUUAUGAUAACCUUUGGCUUAAUGGCUUCUAAUCUCAUCGCUGGCAAGAAACAUCUAAUCACGUGGAACUCUCCGGAUAACCAAUAUUUCAAUCAGAUUGACUAUAUAUUGGUCAAUCACCGCUGGAAAAGUUCUGUGCUUGUUAGUCGUUCUUAUCGGGAUGCUGAAACUGGUAAUCGCCAUAGACCAGAUUAG